AUGACACGCAAAUUACCGUGGAGAGAUGGCACCAGCGCCAAAACCUCACGCAUGCCCCCUGCCCGCGACAGUGCAACGCCCACAGUCAGGAAGCGUGCGAAUGCCGAGAUUAUGAACUCUGAUGCAGGGAGUAAGGACUCUGCAUCACCCCGCGCCUCUGAGCCAAAGGUCCAAGGAUCACUUUUGAAACGCUGUAGAUUGGAUUCCAAACCGCUGGAACCUCUAGAGGAAAGCUUCAUGGUGGAGGGCCUUGAUGGAGACGAUGUUUAUCGCAUGGUUGAGGACGAAUUCUAUCUUACCGCUACCAAGUUCACUGCUCACCUGCAUGCUGCAGAGUAUCAAAGACUGCAGGAAGAAGCCAAGUUGCAGAAUGCAGCAACUAUCAGGAACAUAUCUCGUCCUGUCGUAGGCAGGAUGACAGACCUGGUCAAGAAAAAGCAGCAGCGUGUAUCCCGACUUCAGCGACAAAAGACUGUUUUGAAUGGCUUCGCUGGUGUGGUUGAUGGUGACGACGCCGCCGGUACCAACCCUACUACACUUUUUGGCCUGAUGGAGAGUCCUCGGAAGAAGAUCCCACGGCUAGACCACUUCGUAUACGGAGAUGCAAAAAGCGCUUCGAAGGGCCGAUUGGCGCAUCAAAGCUCUAUGCGAUCUUCCCAUUUGGGAUCAUCUCCAACGCACCAACGUACAUCUCACAACACCAUGGCGCGAAACAUUCAGAAGUCAACACACCUCGAAAGUGAUGAUGAGGAUUUGGAUGGUCCUGGACAGCGCAGUUCACCUAUACCCUUCAGGAAACAUGCAAUAACGAACUCCUCUCGACCCACUGCGCAUUCCAAGGCGUACAAAGCACCAGAGCCAGCCGAAACGACUCGACAGACACCUUCAACUGCAACAAAUGCACGACCAUCAUCACUGGUGAUGCAACAGGUCAAAACAGCAGUGCAAUCUUCAGACGAUGAUUCAGACGAGGCUUUGUUUGGGUUUCAAAAGCGUGCCAAAAGUCGCGCACAACAGAAAAGAGUUACGCCCAAAAACAACAACGAGAAUCGGUCAAGGCCAAUUCAAGAUUUUAUUCCCGGAUUCCUAUGA